AUUAAAAACAUUUGAUAGUACCUACAUUAAAUAUUUUGUGACAAAAAAUAGGUUGCAGCUCAUUAAACAUUUUUCUAUCGAAUUCUAUCGGUGUUUCGUUGUGCACUUUCUAUUAAAAAAAUGUCUAGUAGGUGUUGUAAAAAUAGGCCAGAUGACUUUUGUUAUAUUUGUAGACACUUUACAGUGAAGAGGUUUAAACGAAACAUUACUGAUUUCGUAAAAAAUGCAUAUUUUGCAUAUUUUAAAGUCAGACUUGGAGAUCAAGAUAAACCUUGGACGCCACAUGUUAUCUGCAAGAUUUGCGAAGAAGCCUUGAGGCAUUGGUUUGAAGGAACAAGAAAAGCCCCACCGUUUGGAAUACCAAUGGUCUGGAGAGAACCUAAAAAUCAAAUUGACGACUGCUAUUUUUGUCUUUGUGAUAUUAAAGGUCAUAACACAAAAUCUCUAAAGUAUAUUAACGAUCCUAAUCUUUCGUCUGAAAUAAGACCAGUUCCACAUGACGCUGAUAUACCUGUACCUGUUCCACAUAAAGUAUUACAGCCUAUCGAAUCAGAAUCUUCAACAGAUUUAGAAAUUUACAUUUUUGAGCCAUCUACCUCAGGAACCCGUGAACCGCAGCCAUUUUCUCAAGUAGAACUGAAUGACUUAGUCACGGAUUUGGGACUUCCAAAAGACCUCUCUGAGGUUUUAGGAUCAAGGCUUAAAGAAAAGAAAUUACUUGCUCCAGUUACUACAUUUUAUUGGUAUAGAAAUCGUGAGGCUGAAUUUGUCAAUUACUUUGCAGCAGCUGGUUCACUUGUAAAUUGUCAAAAUGUAUCUGACUUGGUUAUUCACCUAGGUGCUCCUGAAUACAAUCCUGCCGAGUGGACACUUUUUAUAGACUCUUCAAACGCAGGCCUGUGUUAUUCUUCUUCUUUUUCACUGCCAGCACACGGCCUACCACUUCCCAAAGCAUAAAAUUCUUUUUUCUUUUCAAAGGAUAAAAUUCCAAUCAGUUUCAAAAUGAUUUCGAUUGGUCGCGAAUGGCGCCAAAUUUAAAUUUAAUUUUUUUUAUUAACUUCACUACAUACGAUAUAACGAAUUGUAGACUUUUUAAGCUGGACAAAGCCUUUUAUAUACCAGAUUUUGCAUAAAUAUUUAUCAACUUCAAAUUGUAUAACAUUUCCGCCUUUUUUCACUACGCACUUGUGCAACCACAUAACUGAUUGUACAACAUUUUGUACAGUUGUACAACCAGGAACAACACUGAUUACAGAGCCAACUAAAAAAAAUAUAUAAUUUAAAUUGUUUAUGACAGAUGAUAAUAUAGUAACAUCCUGACAUAGUUGUCAUGGUAAUAUGCCGCGUUUGAGAAUCCACAUCGGAUGCAUUUUUUACAUCUCUUUACAUUUACAUAUACUGAAUCACGUGAUCAAAGAUUUACUACAUCUCAGAUGCAUCCGAUGUGGAUUCUCAAACGCGGCAAUGGUACCUUGUUUUGUGCAAAAACAAAUACGUGUUACCAACUGUGUUUUGACGUCACAUUCCGAAAAGUUUUCACUUCAAAAAUCUGCUGAAAUAUUAAUAAACAGCAAAUUUUAGAUUUUAAUUGAUCAAAUAUACCCAAAAACUGAAAAAAAAUCUCAAUUUCCUCUUAAAUUCUCAAAUAUGGAACCGACAGUCCGGUAUACCUUACUUUUUGUUGUCGUUAUUAUUAAUUGUAUUCAACUUCGCAAGAUAUACUUUAAUUUAAAAAAAAAUUACACAAAUUACCCAAAAAAAAUCUCUUUGUUCAUCGGCUCGAUUAAACCGUCAGAAAUUUUAUUCUAUAUCACAACUAAUUCAUUUUUAUCACUUUCGAAAAAUUUUUGCACCCGAUUCGGGCGUCUCUGUCGCAAUAUCAGGUUUCGAUAUUGCCCCGAUUAUAGUGACCCGUGAAAAGUAAGUAUUUUUGUACCGUUUAUACGAAAAAUGUUCUUUUUUGUAGUCAUAACUGGAAAACGGAAUUUAAUAAAUAAUAAUCAGUACAUUAUAUUUAUUGCACAUAGAAAAGGAACAUUGUUUAAAACAACCAUCAUGAAGCGUUUUUAAUCAUUGUCAUUGUUUAUAAUUCAUGACGAAUUACUGUCAUGGUGCCCGAUUCGUAUUAUUUGUGGACUUUAUUUGUUUCACUAUGUGUAAAUGUGCAAUAAUUGCAUUUGAUUUGGUCAGUGUAGAUUCAAAUAUUUGAGUGUAGAUAAAGUGUAACUAUUUUAUUUGCUAACAAACGUACACUGAAUCUACACUCUACACUGACUUUCAACGGAAGUGUAGCUGUCAAAUGUGUGAUAAUUAGGCAUUCCAAACAAAUGAAUUACCAGUGGGCAGGUUUGGUAUAUCUAAGGGUGGCGACAUAUGGUGUAUUCUAUCUACUUUACGUAAAAUCAUGAAUAAUGGAUUACAUUUAAAUAUUUUAUGUCAAACACAAUAAAAAUUAUAUUUAAAAAACCCACCUAUACAUUUCUUCAUAAAUUGGCAGGCUUGGCGAGUAUCACUUCGAAUAAAAAUAGCGUCCAAGUUGCAAGACUAUGUCGCUACCCCCCUUAAAUAUACAAGAAUUUCCCACUGGCACCUAUUGUUUGACAGGUCGUUGAAAUGCCUAAUUUGCACUAAAUGACAUACAAAAAAAAUAAGAGUGGAUCUGAAUGAAUCUGUGGUAGAUGGUGUUUAUAUUAUGAUGGAUGAUUUUGAUAGAGUAAUGGCGUAAGUUCUUUUAUUAGAAAGAAGGAAAUUAAAUAAAAUGAUAUACUUAACUGAAAAUAUAAUUGAUCAAUAUGACGAUGAAGAGGUAAGUUUAAUCUAGAAAUUUGAGACAUUUUUAAAAAACCGAUAGGUAUCUACGAAAAAAACGAACUCUAAUUUUAUUUAAGAUUUACAGGUGGGCAAGCCUCACGUUCGAUUUAAAAGUGUUGCACUUACACCAAACCAUCAUGAAACAUUUACUUUUGAUAAGUAUGACAAUUCGAAUACAGUGUCGAGUGUGACACUACUGCAACAAAUAAAAUCCA